AUUCUCUCUCUUUCUCUCUGGCAAACACGUCUCCACCUCAACUUCAAACCCAUACUUUUAGUUCAUACCCACAGAAGUUUCACUCGAUUUUACUAGUCUUCGGUUUCAUUCAUUCAUUCAUCUGUUCUUCGACUGCAUCAAAUUUAUUGCUUGACAGUUUCCAGCACUUUCUCUUUGAAUUUUCGAUAUCCCAAAGCGUUUCUUUUUGUUUUAAUUAUCGACAAGUCUGCCUGAGAGAUGGGCCGCCGAGAGGUCGCCGCCGUCUCUUCUCCCAUUACCGCUGAAUCUACCUUCCGCAAGCUCGACGAUGUCUUCUUACAGACUCAGACGAGAAUUUGGCUUGGUGAAGUUCUCAAUGUGAGAUUAUUGAAUGAGGAGCUGCACAUUUCUGAAUUACUAGCUGAUGGAGAACUACUGUACGAGGUGUCCAAAGUACUAUGGGAUAUGUUGUUGGCAAAGUUUGCGGAGCUCAGACUUCUAAAAUAUAAACCACUUCAUUCCCAGAAAAGCAGCGGAAGGUUCAGGCCAUAUACUAAUGUUGACUCUUUUCUAAAGAUAUGCAAGAUCUUGGGAUUGAAUAGUAUCGAUCUCUUCUCCCCGUCAGAUGUUGUUGAAAAAAGAAAUAUUCGAAAGGUCUGCAUUUGCAUAAGAACACUCUCAAAGAAGGCCAGGUCAAAGCAUUUAAAGGUUCCCGACUUUGAUAUGGUAUCAUAUAACGUAGCCAUGCCCAAAGAUAUGGUGGGUUGCAUCAGAAGAAGCUUGGAAACAUCACAACCUAGCUUUUCAAGCUCCUCCAGUAACUGUUCAUAUAACAAUGAUCAAGGACCACGAAUGACGCAGAAAAAUUUAACUGAAUCUGGUGAUAAAAACUAUGAUUCUUGUUCAGAAGAAUCUGAUGAAGCCGAGAGCAAGUACACUGGAAAAGAUCCUUGUUGCUCCUCUACACAUGAUGUUAAAGAUUUUGAGAGUUCACCUGGAGCAGAGAGCAGCACAAAGCCAAGAACUUUUGACUCUCACAUAUGUUACGACCAGCAAGAAGGAAACUACAUAUCGGAUUAUCUAGCAUUUUCAGACUCAGUUAUUUGUGGGACUAGGGGAAAUGGCCCUGUGUUGCUGGAAGGGGAAGACUAUAAUAUUUUUAACUUCUUUACGGGUAAAGAUUCUCAUAUAGAGUCUGAUGAUAUGGAAGAUCUGGAGGUAUCGUCCACUACCAGCAUGAGUUCUUUACUAGGAAGGGUGCUUAAUCUGGAAUUUGAUGACCACUUUGACUUAGAUAGUUCUUUAGAUUCAGAUGCCCAACACGAUGAGUUGCUGAAAUCAGACCAUUUAGGUUUGCCAUCUGAGGGUAUUUUGCAGUGUCAGGAUGACGAAUGCAAUGAAAAAUGUGGAGAAGAGGAUGUCAAUGCUGCAAAAAUGAAUCAUAAAUCAUGCCUUGGUGAUUUUCAGAGUCUGGAAAACGGUAGUAUCAGUCAGAGGUUUGUCACUCCUUCAAUUUCUUGUGAAGCUGUAGAAGAGCAGCAACAUUCACUCUCUCUUGUCAAAGAAUCACAAGAUGAUGAUGCAUCUGGACUUCCUCAGACUAAUGAGGUGGACAGAAAGCAUGAAGAUUCUCUGGCAGAGAAUGUUUCAGAUGAGAAAGACAAUACAGAUGUUGGAGUGCCCAAGGAAAAGGCAAACCGGAUUCCAUUCCUGCUGAAUACUGUGGCUGGUGGAACUGCAAUUUUUGGUGUUGUGUUUCUGCUGCUUCAUCUCAGAAGAGGCGGAGCGAACAAUAGCGAUGCAAAGAAGAAAGCACCUGAAAACAAGAAGAAGGUUAAAGGCAGAGAGAUCUCAUACAGGGAUGGACACAACAAUGGAAAAUAUAGUGGUAGAGAUAGAAUCUAUCCUGCAGAAAAACUCAAGUUCAAGAACUAGCUACCUAUUCUUCUCUCAUUAAAUUCCCACACACUUUGAUAUAGCAUCCACUACACUACCAUUGUUGUACGCAGACAAUCUAUUA